UGGAGGGUCGGAUAGAUGGUCCUGGCGGACGUGGCUGCCAUCUGGGUACCCAACACCAGCAUGGUCAAAGUGAAUUGCAAAAUGAGGAGCCUGCCUCGCUGGGGCAGGAGGUUUCCAUCAUCCAUUCUGUCCGAAACUGAGAGCCUUACCUGCGUCAAGUUCUCAUUGAUCUCUGGGCGAUUGUCCUAACAAGAAUGGCCAUCAAGGAGAUCUUUCAUUUCAACGAGGAAGCUUACAAGGAACGUGUCCAUGGCUGCGGUAAAGACAAGUCCUACGAAAAGCUGGCCCACCGAGAGAUCUGUAGACGACGACGCAUUUAUUCCUGUGGAGUCAAAGUUGUCAUUUGCAGCCUGCUUCUCGUUCCUACAUGCGGCAGCACUGGUUUUGGACUCUUUCUUGGACUGCGCCAACGUUCCGUCGCCAAGAAGAAGUACCACCAUGUCGUAGAGGCAAUGAGAGCUCACGGAUUUCCUCUCCCGGAGCCGAAGAGACGAGACAAGCUUGUACCUCUUGCCAUCAACGUCGUCAUUUAUACAAUCUCCCUUGGGCUGCUGUUUGGCCUUGAAGAGGUUGGUCUUGUUGCGGCGAACGAGACCGCAGAGUAUGGACUGCAGGGCACUGCAAAUAUUGUCGAUCCAUCGCAUGCGGCCGAAGCUCAGCAGUUUCUCGUCAACCCAUCGGAUUUCCUGCACGGUCUGGCUCACGGCGCCGACACCCAAGCUUCAGAACUACAUGGGCUGGUCAGUCCGAAUGAGACCAUGGUCGGGCACGCCAUCAUGCACAAUAUGGAGCAGCCCAUCUCUGAGACAAGUUACCAAUACAUGUCUGGGGAGACCGCUGGUGCUCAGCUCGCGCCGGUGGUCGAACGCUUCGCCACGGUCACCUUUGCUUCUGAGGGCUUGGAAAGGAUUGCCAAGGCUAGUGUCACUCACCAGAUUAACCGCAAACCCGUUGCCAACUUGAAGGAGAAAAUGACCAUUGUAACGGAGACUGCGAUAUCGAUGGAGGGAAACAAGAUCGUCCAUUGACGAAUGCGUAUUUUCUAUGUCCUUUUCGACGAAGAAGCUCGAUUACUUGUUCCGUGUUGUCGCUUCGGCGUAGUGAAAACAAUGUCAAUG